AUGGUACCCAUGCGGCCGGAGGAAAGGUGGGAGGCGCAGGGGGUGUCACGUAAACAGUCUCCGUAUCGCAACGCCGAGCUGAUCACACAAGUUCCGGGAGCAGUCGCUUCGCAGCGGUCAAAGUUUAUUUGGAGUCCCAUAUUUGAGGACUUCAUUUUAGAGGAAUUUGAAGGGGAGAAUUCUUUUGAAUCCAUCAUAUUUAACGUUGUGGAAGAAUUACUGAAUGUGGGGGCGGCCUGGGGAGGAGCGGGGCCCGAGCAGGAGGCGCCGGAGGGUGGGGUCAGGGGACCGGGGGGCGUGGGCCGAGGGCGAGAAGGGGCCGGGCCGGCGCUGGGGGCGGGACCAGGCGCGGUGGCGGUGGCGGGGGCUGCGGCGCGGGGGGCGGGGCGGCCGGGCCCGGGACACCCCCUCUCGGUCCCCUGGUGGGGCGGCUUCGGCUCUGGCAGCACUGGAGGCAGCAGCGGCUGGAGGGCGACUUGCGGGGUGAGCCCGCCACGGUGGACCCGGGACGCCAACUCCCUCCGCCGAACCGUCCCGCGGGGGCCGGCGGGACCCCCGCAGGCAGGGAGCGCCGGCGGCGGCCGCGGCACCAUGAGGCUGCCGAGGGGCGCGCUGCUGCUUGGCGCCCUGCUCUGCGCACACGGCCUGGCCAGCAGCCCUGAGUGUGCUUGUGGUCGGAGCCACUUCACCUGUGCGGUGAGUGCCCUCGGCGAGUGUACCUGCAUUCCCGCCCAGUGGCAGUGUGAUGGAGACAAUGACUGCGGAGACCACAGCGAUGAGGACGGCUGCAUGCUGCCCACCUGUUCCCCUCUUGACUUUCACUGUGACAAUGGCAAGUGCAUCCGCCGCUCCUGGGUGUGCGAUGGGGACAAUGACUGCGAGGACGACUCAGAUGAGCAGGACUGUCCCCCCAGGGAGUGUGAGGAGGAUGAAUUCCCCUGCCAGAACGGCUACUGCAUUCGGAGCCUGUGGCAUUGUGAUGGUGACAAUGACUGUGGCGACAACAGUGAUGAGCAGUGUGACAUGCGCAAGUGCUCUGACAAGGAAUUCCGCUGCAGUGAUGGAAGCUGUAUUGCUGAGCACUGGUACUGCGAUGGGGACACCGACUGCAAAGAUGGCUCCGACGAGGAGGGCUGUCCCUCAGCAGUGCCUGCACCCCCCUGCAAUCUGGAGGAGUUCCAGUGUGCCUACGGCCGCUGCAUCCUCGAUAUCUACCACUGUGAUGGCGAUGAUGACUGUGGAGACUGGUCGGACGAGUCUGACUGCUCUUCCCACCAGCCCUGCCGCUCUGGGGAGUUCAUGUGUGACAGUGGCCUGUGCAUCAAUGCAGGCUGGCGCUGUGAUGGCGAUGCGGACUGUGAUGACCAGUCUGAUGAGCGCAACUGCACCACCUCAAUGUGUACAGCGGAACAGUUUCGCUGUCGGUCAGGCCGCUGCGUCCGCCUGUCCUGGCGCUGUGAUGGGGAAGACGACUGUGCAGAUAACAGUGAUGAAGAGAACUGUGAGAACACAGGAAGCCCCCAGUGUGCCUCAGACCAGUUCCUGUGUUGGAACGGGCGCUGCAUUGGGCAGAGGAAGCUGUGCAAUGGGGUCAAUGACUGUGGUGACAACAGCGAUGAAAGCCCACAGCAGAACUGCCGGCCCCGGACGGGUGAGGAAAACUGCAAUGUUAACAACGGUGGUUGCACCCAGAAGUGCCAGAUGGUGCGGGGGACAGUGCAAUGUACCUGCCACACAGGCUACCGGCUCACGGAGGAUGGCCGCACAUGCCAGGAUGUGAAUGAAUGUGCUGAGGAGGGGUACUGCAGCCAGGGCUGCACCAACAGUGAAGGGGCUUUCCAGUGCUGGUGUGAAGCAGGCUAUGAACUACGGCCCGACCGGCGCAGCUGCAAGGCUCUGGGACCUGAACCUGUGCUACUGUUCGCCAAUCGCAUCGACAUCCGGCAGGUGCUGCCGCACCGCUCUGAAUACACAUUGCUGCUCAACAACCUGGAGAAUGCCAUUGCCCUUGACUUCCAUCACCGGCGCGAGCUUGUCUUCUGGUCAGAUGUCACCCUGGACCGGAUCCUCCGUGCCAACCUCAAUGGCAGCAACGUGGAGGAGGUUGUGUCUACUGGGCUAGAGAGCCCAGGGGGCCUGGCUGUGGAUUGGGUCCAUGAUAAACUCUACUGGACUGACUCAGGGACAUCAAGGAUUGAGGUGGCCAAUCUGGAUGGGGCUCACCGGAAGGUGCUGCUGUGGCAGAACCUCGAGAAGCCCCGGGCCAUUGCCUUACACCCCAUGGAAGGUACCAUUUACUGGACAGACUGGGGCAAUACACCCCGCAUUGAGGCCUCUAGCAUGGAUGGCUCUGGACGCCGCAUCAUCGCCGAUACUCAUCUGUUCUGGCCCAAUGGCCUGACCAUCGACUAUGCCGGGCGCCGUAUGUAUUGGGUGGAUGCUAAGCACCACGUAAUUGAGAGGGCCAAUCUGGAUGGGAGUCACCGCAAGGCUGUCAUUAGCCAAGGCCUUCCACAUCCCUUUGCUAUCACGGUGUUUGAAGAUAGCCUGUAUUGGACAGACUGGCACACCAAGAGCAUCAAUAGUGCUAACAAAUUUACUGGGAAGAACCAGGAAAUCAUUCGCAACAAACUCCACUUUCCCAUGGACAUCCACACCUUGCACCCCCAGCGCCAACCUGCAGGAAAAAACCGCUGUGGGGACAACAACGGAGGUUGCACUCAUCUAUGUCUGCCCAGUGGUCAGAACUACACCUGUGCCUGCCCCACUGGCUUCCGCAAGAUCAGCAACCACGCCUGUGCCCAGAGUCUUGACAAGUUCCUGCUUUUUGCCCGAAGGAUGGACAUCCGUCGGAUCAGCUUUGACACAGAGGACCUGUCCGACGAUGUCAUCCCACUGGCUGACGUGCGCAGUGCUGUGGCCCUUGACUGGGACUCCCGGGAUGACCACGUGUACUGGACAGAUGUCAGCACUGAUACCAUCAGCAGGGCCAAGUGGGAUGGAACAGGACAGGAGGUGGUAGUGGACACCAGUUUGGAGAGCCCUGCGGGCCUGGCCAUUGAUUGGGUCACCAAUAAGCUAUACUGGACAGAUGCAGGUACAGACAGAAUUGAAGUGGCCAACACAGAUGGCAGCAUGAGGACAGUACUCAUCUGGGAGAACCUUGAUCGUCCUCGGGACAUCGUGGUGGAACCCAUGGGCGGGUACAUGUAUUGGACUGACUGGGGUGCAAGCCCCAAGAUUGAACGAGCUGGCAUGGAUGCCUCGGGCCGACAGGUCAUCAUCUCUUCUAACCUGACCUGGCCUAAUGGAUUAGCCAUUGACUACGGAUCCCAGCGGCUAUACUGGGCUGAUGCCGGCAUGAAGACAAUUGAAUUUGCUGGCCUGGAUGGCAGCAAGAGGAAGGUGCUGAUCGGAAGCCAGCUCCCCCACCCGUUUGGGCUGACCCUCUAUGGAGAGCGCAUCUAUUGGACUGACUGGCAGACCAAGAGUAUACAGAGUGCUGACCGGCUGACAGGGCUGGACCGAGAGACCCUGCAGGAGAACCUGGAGAACCUCAUGGACAUCCACGUCUUCCACCGCCGGCGGCCCCCAGUGUCCACGCCAUGUGCUAUGGAGAAUGGUGGCUGCAGCCACCUGUGUCUUCGGUCCCCAAAUCCAAGUGGCUUCAGCUGUACCUGUCCCACAGGCAUCAACCUACUGCCUGAUGGCAAAACCUGUUCACCAGGCAUGAACAGUUUCCUCAUCUUCGCCAGGAGGAUAGACGUACGCAUGGUCUCCCUGGACAUCCCUUAUUUUGCUGAUGUGGUGGUACCAAUCAACAUUACCAUGAAGAACACCAUUGCCAUUGGAGUGGACCCCCAGGAAGGAAAAGUAUACUGGUCUGACAGCACGCUGCACAGGAUCAGUCGUGCCAAUUUGGAUGGCUCACAGCAUGAAGACAUCAUCACCACAGGACUACAGACCACAGAUGGGCUUGCAGUAGAUGCCAUUGGCCGGAAGGUAUACUGGACAGAUACGGGAACGAACAGGAUUGAAGUGGGCAACCUGGACGGGUCCAUGCGGAAAGUGUUGGUGUGGCAGAACCUUGACAGUCCCCGGGCCAUUGUAUUGUACCAUGAGAUGGGGUUCAUGUACUGGACGGACUGGGGGGAGAAUGCCAAGUUAGAACGGUCUGGAAUGGAUGGCUCGGACCGCACUGUGCUCAUCAACAACAACCUAGGAUGGCCCAAUGGACUGACUGUGGACAAAGCCAGCUCCCAACUGCUGUGGGCUGAUGCCCACACUGAGCGAAUCGAGGCUGCUGACCUGAAUGGUGCCAAUCGGCACACAUUGGUGUCACCGGUGCAGCACCCAUACGGCCUCACCCUGCUUGACUCCUAUAUCUACUGGACUGACUGGCAGACCCGUAGCAUCCACCGUGCUGACAAGGGAACUGGCAGCAAUGUCAUCCUGGUGAGGUCCAACCUGCCAGGCCUGAUGGACAUCCAGGCUGUGGACCGGGCACAGCCACUGGGUUUUAACAAGUGCGGCUCGAGAAACGGUGGCUGCUCCCACCUCUGCUUGCCUCGGCCUUCUGGCUUCUCCUGUGCCUGCCCCACUGGCAUCCAGCUGAAGGGAGAUGGGAAGACCUGUGAUCCCUCUCCUGAGAUCUACCUGCUUUUCUCCAGCCGUGGCUCCAUCCGGCGUAUUUCACUGGACACCAGUGACCACACGGAUGUGCACGUCCCUGUUCCUGAGCUCAACAAUGUCAUCUCCCUGGAUUAUGACAGUGUGGAUGGAAAGGUCUAUUACACAGAUGUGUUCCUGGAUGUCAUCAGGCGAGCAGACCUGAAUGGCAGCAACAUGGAGACAGUGAUCGGGCGUGGGCUGAAGACCACGGAUGGGCUGGCAGUGGACUGGGUAGCCAGGAACCUGUAUUGGACAGAUACAGGCCGAAAUACCAUUGAGGCAUCAAGGCUGGAUGGUUCCUGCCGCAAAGUGCUGAUCAACAACAGCCUGGAUGAGCCCCGGGCCAUCGCUGUUUUCCCCAGGAAGGGGUACCUCUUCUGGACAGACUGGGGCCACAUUGCCAAGAUUGAGCGGGCCAACCUGGAUGGCUCUGAGCGGAAGGUCCUCAUCAAUACAGACCUGGGUUGGCCCAAUGGCCUUACCCUGGACUAUGAUACCCGCAGGAUCUACUGGGUAGAUGCACAUCUGGACCGGAUUGAGAGUGCUGACCUCAAUGGAAAGCUACGGCAGGUCUUGGUCAGCCAUGUCUCCCACCCCUUUGCCCUCACACAGCAGGACAGGUGGAUCUACUGGACAGACUGGCAGACCAAGUCAAUCCAGCGUGUUGAUAAGUACUCAGGCCGGAACAAGGAGACAGUUUUGGCAAAUGUGGAAGGGCUCAUGGAUAUCAUUGUGGUUUCCCCUCAACGGCAGACAGGGACCAAUGCCUGUGGUGUGAAUAAUGGUGGCUGUACCCACCUCUGCUUUGCCAGAGCCUCGGACUUUGUGUGUGCCUGUCCUGAUGAGCCUGAUGGCCGGCCCUGCUCCCUUGUACCUGGCCAGGUGCCCCCAGCUCCUAGGGCUACCAGCAUGAGUGAACAGAGCCCAGUGCUACCCAACACACUACCUACCACCUUGCGUUCUUCUACCAUGCGGACCCGCACAUCUCUGGAGGAGGUGGAAGGCAGAUGCUCUGAAAGGGACGCCCGGCUGGGCCUCUGUGCACAUUCCAAUGAGGCCGUACCUGCUGCUUCAGGGGAAGGACUUCACAUCAGCUAUGCCAUUGGUGGACUCCUCAGUAUUCUGCUGAUUUUGGUGGUGAUUGCAGCUUUGAUGCUGUACAGACACAAAAAAUCCAAGUUCACGGAUCCUGGAAUGGGGAACCUGACCUACAGCAACCCCUCCUACCGAACUUCCACCCAGGAAGUGAAAAUUGAAGCAAUCCCCAAACCAGCCAUGUACAAUCAACUGUGCUAUAAGAAAGAGGGAGGGCCUGACCAUAACUACACCAAGGAGAAGAUCAAGAUUGUAGAGGGAAUCUGCCUCCUAUCUGGGGACGAUGCUGAGUGGGAUGACCUCAAGCAACUGCGCGGCUCACGGGGGGGCCUUCUCCGGGAUCAUGUAUGCAUGAAGACAGACACAGUGUCCAUCCAGGCCAGCUCUGGCUCCCUGGAUGACACGGAGACAGAGCAGCUGUUGCAGGAAGAGCAGUCUGAGUGUAGCAGCGUCCAUACUGCAGCCACUCCAGAAAGACGGGGCUCUCUGCCAGACACGGGCUGGAAGCAUGAACGCAAGCUCUCCUCAGAGAGCCAGGUCUAAAUGCCCACGUUCUCUUCCCUGCCAGCCUGUUCCUUCUCCUUUAUGGACCUCCAGUCCUAGUGCUCACUUACACAGAAGGCCCCUUUCCUAUGUGCUCGUUCUUCUCCUCCUAUCCCAUAACUGCUCCCAAGCUCAGGCUGUUUUCAACCUGAAUCCAUAACUACGUGUGCACAAGAAAUGAUGGCGCAUAGCAAGAAUUUAGACCUGGAUUUUACCAUGAAUCUCACCUCUUACACUCCAUCCUGGGCCCUUGAAACUGGGUUUAGUAAUAACUCCUCGUCAGUGUAGACCUCCACCUCCCCUUCCCCUGGGACUCUCAGUGCCUGCCCCAUAGUAUUGACACAGCUGAUCACCCAAAACUGCACUCUGCCCCAUCACAGCUGGCAUGACCUCCUCAAUGAGAGAACUUGCCUGCCAGGGGCUGGGGCAGGGGGUUGUGGGUAAAGAGAGUGAUGAAGGAUAGAGGCUGAGAGAAGGGAGGGUCAGCCCAGCUGGUAUGGGCAUCUAAGAAACCUCCAGCCUCAAGUGUGUUGGUAAUAUGAAAAAGCUUUGGGGGGUAGUUGUGCCCAAGUGUCCUGUCCAUUGCUGGCAGUGGACAUUGUUCUCGCCCCAGGAAUCACUGCUUUUCCAGCUGCAGAUACUGGUGAGAUGUAAGUGUUCUCAAGCUGUUCUUCCUCCUGCUGGAAUAUCUGGAGCCACUAUUACCUUCAAAUGACUGGGAGCCCCUAACACCCUCCACUGGCUGAUAUGAAUUCCCUCCUGGUGCCACCACUGGCCGGUACCUUUCCUAAGUCUUUAAGUAACCAGGUUGUGAGCCAGUGGCUUUAGUGAAUGUUGGGCCAUGGAGGCUGAGUCUCUAAAAUGUCUAAGAAGCCCUGCCUAGACCAAACAUAGCAUACCACCUGAACUUUAAUGUUCUGCCACUCUCACCCUCAUUCUCUGGGAUGCUAAGGAAAGAUAUCCUGAAAAAAUCUUUCAAAGAAAGACCAGAAUUUUUCAUAAAUGGUCAGGAAGAGCAGUUGGAUUAGAGACUUGGGACACCCAGGGCCUAAAUGGAAGUAUCCAUGAGGUUGAACCUCCUGUGUUCUUUCUCAAGUGCUCAGGGAUCUAAGUCAGUGGACAGAGAGCCUGUGGCUAUGGAGUGGUGAAGUUCCUAUUGUAACUCUCUUCUCAGCUGAGUGACCUACUUUCCAUGCUGAGAUGCCAUCAUUCGGUUCAUGUGCAUUCACACAAAGGGCAUGUGUUCCGCUAGUAUCAGGGGAGUUGAGACUGUUUUCUGCCCUACAACCUCUACCUAUUUUUUUUUUUUUUUUUUGGCCCAAUUUUCCUUUUCCUUUUUUUGGUGGCUGUCCAGUGAAGGGAUCCUAACUCUUCACCUUGGUGUUAUCAGCACCAUGCUCUUCCAAGUGAGCUAACUGGCCAGCCCCACCAAUUUGCUUUUUCUGACCUAGCCUUGUGGCAGCAGCAAUCUCCAAAAUCCUAUGGAGGAGGACUAAAUAAAGAUGCAAAGGGGUGGGCAAGGAGUAGAAAGAUAGAACCAAUCAUGAAGCCCUCCCAGCCCAGGGAAGACCCACUACUUUUCUCUCCAGGACAUAGAAGCAAUAGGACAAGAUGAUAGGGGUAAGAGUGGAGUGAGUGGAGGGCUUCUAGGGGAAGUUGCCUCAUUUGAAACAUGUCCCGUGGUUAUUGGUAUUGAGAAACCAGCUGUCAAACAUGGGUGAAAAAGGAUAAGAUCAAAUCUUUUCUGGUAGGUUCUAAGACAGAUGCCAAGCCCUCAGCCCCACUCUCGGUAGCCAGCCCCAGAUCUGGGCCUACAUAUACAGUGAGGCCUGGCUAAUGAGGCUUUUCCAGUGCAGGAAGUGGGAAAGGUGAGGUGCCACUUCCAGGAGGAAAGGGGGACAUUUCACAUGUGAUGAGGCAGUAAAAGAAGGAGCACUUUGGGUCCUCCGACUCACAGUUGGGGAGGAGGAGAGAAUAGAAAAGUGGCAUUUUCCUGAUUGGAAAGGGGAAAGGAUCUUAUUGCACUUGGGCUAUUCAGAAUGUAGAAAGGACAUAUUUGAGGAAAUAUCUAUUGGAGCACUGAUUUACUCUGUAAAAAGCAAAAUCUCUCUGUCCUAAACUAAUGGAAGUGAUUCUCCUGCGCUCAUGUGUAAUGGUUUUAACGUUACUCACUGGAGAGAUUGGACUUUCUGGAGUUAUUUAACCACUAUGUUCAGUAUUUUAGGACUUUAUGAUAAUUUAAUAUAAAUUUAGCUUUUCUUAAUCACCUCGCCUGGCUUGGAGUCAUGACUAAUCCUGCACCUGCUCUGUCUGGCAGACCCAUGCUGUGGAAAACCUGCUUGUAGACAUCACCUCUAAGUCCUUCAGGGAUGUGGGGACAGUGAAGAGCAAUAAAGGGUGUGAGGUUCCUGCUGGAGUCACAGCUCAUCUUGAGAACAUAGGUCAAGACCAGAGUUCAUUGACUCAAGAAACCCUUAUUUCCUCUGGAAGAGGAAUGACAGAUAAAUCUCAUGUUGUGUGCUAACUUUGAUUAGUUGGUAGUGGCUGCUUAAGGUUCUGUCCAGAAUCAGUGAGAAAACUAACAUGAUUGUUAGUGACAUCUCCUUCGGGCACCAGAAGAAAAUGUCAUGACAUGUAUACUAUGUACCUUCUAUUUCUGUUCUAGGUCUUUGAGGACUUCAUUGUCACAGAACUUGAGUGCCUUGCAGUGAUGGUCACUGGCAACAUUGUCUGAUAUAGUAAGAAAAGUAUUGGCAUGGGGACAAGGAGAGCUAAUUCCAGUCCCAGAUCUGCCACUAGCUCUGAAUGAUCUUAGUCAACUUUCAUAGUUACUCUGAGAAUGCGUCAAAUGAUCACUAAGAUUCCAUUUAUUUUUAAAAACCUGUUUUCUCAUAACUUAUUCACUAUAUCUCAGGCUGGAACAAGGAGCUGGGGAUCCCUUCUCAGGUUCUCUGGAUGUAAUACAUCUCAGUGAAAAUUGGGAAUCAUGCUAAUAUCAAAGCCAGAUGUAGAAUUUGAUGUCGUCUCAAUCGCUGAUUUUCUAAACAACAAACCAUCUAUAGAAUAAUGCCCCCAUUCACUCAUUCAUCUAUGGGCCAGGCAUUGCCCAUGCCUAAAUAAGACAUAAUCUCACAGAGUUUAGAGCCUAGCAACACCACUACCAGCAGCCACCAUGCCCCCCCAAAAAAGAGAGAAAAUGAAAGCAAGAAAAACUGAACCCUCUUGUAUUUAAGUGACAAGAGAUAUAAACUACAGUGUAUAAACUACAAUGUAUAAUUUUUCCAACUUUGGUGAGGGAUAAGUGUGCUAGAACAAAAACAAGUGGAACAGCUCAAGGAUAACUGUCCCUCCCCCACUAUUCUUUUUUGGAAAAAAACAAAAAUAAAAACUCACAACAGAGAAAAGGAGGACAUCUUGGGGGUGAAACAAGGGUUGGAAAUUCCUUGCCUGUUUCUCUCAAUAUAAAACCCGAAACUGAUAUGUACAGAGAAGGUGGGCCAAAUUCUACCAAACGAAAUAUUUUUGCAAACUAAUUACAUUUAAAAUGUAGUCACUGCCCUCUUUCUAUAUUGUAUGAAGAAACUGGAACCUAAAAUGAAAAGAUCUCUGGCUCAUAGAAAGGUUUCCAUGGCAUGCAUUGAAGCUUUCCCAAAACCUAGGCCUGAAGAAAACAAAGUCAGUGGUGCACAGGAACUUAGAAGAAGCAUCUAGAAGAGCUGAGGGUGCAUAAGGUUCUUAGUGUAAUGCACUAAUUGUAAUUCAAGGGUAUCCAGUAAGUUUUCUAUGAUUUCUGUUUAUGGACAUAAUGAUAAAAGAUAUGUAGUGGAGUCCUUUUUAAGGCUAAGAAACAAUCUAAUAACUGUGUCUUUUCUUCAUAUGUGAAAAUGACUCAACUGAUCCACUUAAUAGAAUGUGUAUUUUGGGAUGUUUUAGGCAGUCUUUGUUUUGAAACAUUCCCUCACUUGCCCAUUUACUUUCUCUCCAGAUCAUUCUCUCGUUAACCAGUUGGCAGAAGCUAACAGAGCUCAGCAUAGGGAACAGGGUUUUAUUUCUAAUCAUGGCUCCAACUCACAAUUUUGGACUCCUCAACAUGGUGUUAAAACAGACCCAGACAGCAUAAUUAAGGGUCUGAGUUUAAACCCAAGGCUAAGUUAGCCCCAAGCUACACUAUCUGCUUAUUUCAUUUUACAGGACAUAGAGAGCCAAGAACUCUCACAUAUCCUGCUCUUCUUGGUGGUUUUCCCUCCAGCCCUAAAAGCCUGCUGAUAGCCUGCUAAUGAGGUCCCCAUAUCUCCCUUCUGCCUCCUUCCUCUUUGGUGGAACUGAUGCUUCUGUGGUCAAAGUUCUUGGGCUAUGGAAAAUGGGAAAAUGGGGUAUGAGAAAAGAAAAGAUAAAGGCUAUUUAUUCCUUCAUUCACUCAACACCUAAUAAAUGCAACCAAGUGCAAGCUAGGAUAGGCCUUGCAAUCUUGGAGGCCAGUUUGAGGCACUAAAACCCAUAGCCACUUGAGAUCUGUGUUAAUGACACCACUGCUAUCUUCAGGGAAUGAUGCAUCUGGACUGAAGGUUCUAAGGAAGUUCAUCAUUGAAGCUGCUUCUCUUAGGCUGGAAAUAUGGAUCCAUGUCCCAUGGUAAGGAUGCUUCAACAAGAAUGCAGUUAGUGGUUAUGACAGAAUGAGCACUGUCUUAGCAGGCUUUUUCAGAAAUGCCCAGCACAGUUAUAUAGCAGCCACAAUGUGUGGCAUUUGUUUCCUUCUUCCAGUUGCAAGAAUAGUGUCCACUUUGAUCUCUAAUGCCUGCAAGGGCUUUACUGCCCUAUGAAUAUACUCUUUAUGUAGAACUAUUGAGAGGCCUCUGGAAUAAAAAAGCACACAUAACUAAUUAAUAUGCAGAUAAAUGCUAUUUGAUGAUAAUCUUGGACUGCAAAAGAUGACUGGCCAAACAUUUAUUGAACACCUACUACAAGCAAGGUACUGUAUUAGGUUUCUACAAAGCCCUACAGCAUCUGCCACCCUUCUUGCUCUAUUACCUGUCAGACUUCAUUGACUGCUGUCCUCCUGCCUACUAUACUGUUCUAGCUACACUGGCCUCCCUGUUCCUCAAACCUGCCAGGCAUGCUCCCAACGUAGGGCCUUUGUAUAGCUGUUCCCACUGGCUGGCACUUUCUUCCCCUGGUUAUACUCAUGGCUAACUCCUUCACUUUCAAGUCUUUGCUUAAAUGUAAUCUUCUCAAUGAAACCUACUUUGACCACCCUCUUUAAAAUUAUGGUCUUUCCAACCCCACUUCCCUAUGCAUUUUACCCUAUUUUAUUCUUUUUUCCUUUCCCACUACACAUAUUAUCUGAUAACACACUAUAUAGUUUAUUUAUGUGUUGCCUGUUUCCUCACUGUAAUGUGAAUUCCACGAGGGGAAGGAUUUUUUUUUUUUUUGGUCUGUUUUGUUCAUUGAUUAUCUCAAGUGCUUAGGACAGUUCCUGCACAUACUUGGUGCUCAAUAAAUAUUUGUUGAAUGAAUGAAUAAAUGAAUGGAAUCAGACAUCUAAUGCUCACCUUCUAGUAGGGCUAUACUAAAACUAUCCAACACAAAAAACGGAUUUUGUCAUCUUGUUCCAAAACUCAUCAGGACCCAGACUGCACACAUCUUUUAUUGAGCAAAUUCCAGGUUACCGUCACCCUCUCCUUAAAUGUAAUAUUCAAUUUAUUUCUGGUAAUAUUUAAAUAAAGUAAACAUGCCAAUGACCAA